ACUCGUUUAAAGCGGAAGUUACAGCUAGUCAGCUGACAACUUCAUAUGAUCUGAAUGAAAAACAGAGACAGACAGGUCGAUUUCAACGGUUUAUCUCACAAAUUAAGAUCGAAUAACAGCAAUGGCAGGACGAGGUAAACUCAUCGCCGUUAUUGGUGACGAAGACACAUGUACUGGAUUUCUUCUCGGUGGAAUUGGCGAGCUGAAUAAAAAUCGGAAGCCCAAUUUCUUGGUGGUCGAGAAGGACACAAGCAUCACAGAGAUAGAGGAGACAUUCAAGAGUUUCCUUGUCCGUAACGACAUCGGCAUCAUCCUGAUCAACCAGUUCAUUGCCGAGAUGAUCCGUCACGCCAUUGAUGGACACAUGGAGUCCAUCCCUGCAGUGCUGGAGAUCCCCUCCAAGGAGCAUCCAUACGAUGCCUCCAAGGAUUCCAUCCUACGCAGGGCCAAGGGCAUGUUCUGUGCUGAGGACUUCCGAUAAACACACACACUCAGCAGGAGCAUGGUUUAAGCCGGGACAUAGAUGGAGAAUGAGGUGAUGAUAGGGGUUUGUGUUUUAUUUAAUUUGCCAUUCCUUUACCUGGACAGAAAACCAUAUCUAAUGAUAACAGUACUGAUUGGUUGCCAGGGGACUGUUGUCUUAAACCUGACAGGUCACUGUCUCUGAUAUUUGAUAGCUUUUUGUGUUUUUUCCCCCACAUGCUGUGUUACAUGUAGCUUUUCAUUAUGAGCAGUUUUUAGGUUAUAUUACAAGGAUUGAUGGGUAGUCACAAGCUGUAGGGCAGACUUUGUCAGCAUUGACUGAUUCAUAUGAACCUGAUAAAGUUUUAACAGCUAUUUUCCAUUUUGAUGAUACACUCACUUCCAGCAUGGCAUACACCCUAGGCUUCUGAAGAUUUACAGAACUGUAAACCCAAAUUAGUUAACCUGAAUAAACAUCACAUACAAAUGUGUUAAAUCUUUUUCCAAAUGUUUGGAAAUUGUCUAAUAGAGAAAGUGUUCUGCGUUUUGUGUCAUGUGUUAAGUCUUGAAAGAUGCAUUGUAUCGUGAUUGCUACAAAUGUGUUCUUAUUUAUCUAAAAACCCAACUGGUAUUCAUGAAAAUAAAUUAUUAUAACGAUGAGA